CUUGGUAACUGGCAGCUAGGUCCGGGUCGUGAUGCCCCUGGGUGGGCACUGAACGCUCUAUGGGGUGCAGAUGACAGCUUGGUCUGUGUGUCCUGUGGACACGGCAUGGGCUAUCGGUGCACAGGGCAGCUCGCUGUAACCCCGGCAAGAUGAAGAAGUUCUUCGGGAUCGGUAAGAAGAAGAAAAGCGGGCCCUCUCCCAGCCCUUCGGAGACUGGCAGUGUGCUCUCUGUGGGCUAUGAGCUGAAGGAUAAGGAGCUGAGCAAGUUACACCGUGCAGCGUCCGCCGGAGAUGCCCCCAAGAUCAGGCAGCUGCUGCCCAAGCAGGACAUCAACCAGCUGGAUAAAGAGAACCGGACACCUUUGCAUCUUGCUUGCGCUAAUGGACAUCUGGAUGCCGUAAAAUUGCUAGUAGAAAGCAAGGCUAAGUUGAAUCUUUGUGACAAUGACAGUCGUACUCCUUUGAUCAAGUCUAUACAGUGUCAGCAUGAACACUGUGCUACUGCUUUGUUAGAGCACAACGCCGACCCCAAUAUUGUAGAUGUUAAUGGAAAUUCAGCUUUUCAUCUUGCUGCUCUUAUUCCAUCUCUGACCAUAGCAAAUCAGCUACUAGAACAUGGAGCUAACAUCAAUGCUGUAAAUAAAGAGGGCUGUACACCACUUGUUCUCGCAGCUACUGAAAAUCAUCAGGAAAUGGUUGAAUUUUUAAUUAAAGAAGGAGCUGAUGUUAAUUCAAAGGACAAAAAUGGAAGAACAUCUCUAAUGGUUGCUGCAGGCAAUGGUCAGAUCAGUUUAGUGAAGUAUUUACUACAAAAUAAUGUUGAUAUCUUUGUAAAAGACGAGACUGGAUGGACUGCUGAUGAUCAUGCUGUUAUGAAUGGCCAUCAUGCUUGUUCACAUUUAAUUAUUGAACAUGGUUCAAAGAAUAAGCGCUCAUCUCUUUACGGUGGUGUUAAAAAAGGCACAUCAGUAUUUAGCAGUCCUGACCGAGUUGUAGAAGGUGGUUUUACUUUGGGUAGCCCAGCUAUAGAUAAAGAAGUACUGAUAGGGACUGAUGACCUUUCCCGUGGUGACUCCGAAUCCCAUGUUUCCGGAAAAACAGAUUCCUGGCCUUCCUCUGAUGAAGAUGACCUAGACUUCAGUCCAAAGAAAACAUCCAAGCCAAGUUUAACGCAGCUACUGAGCUCCAAAAGAAAUGUUAAUGAAAGUGGUAGUUUUACUGCAGCACAGCCUAAAAGAUUUGCAAUACAGAGUAAAUCAGAUAGUGAAGAAGACUCUUUUCAUGAUAGUGAAGAUGAAGAUGCAAACACUCCGUCCUCUCCUAAGCCUAUUCCUGAAAUCCAUUCCUUUCCUCAACCUGUGAUUUUCACAGCUGGCUCCUUUCCAAAACCUCCCCAGCUGGCUUCUGCUUCCCUCCACAGCAUUAAUAAGUCUGAGCAAACUGUGAAUGAUCAGGAAGAAGUUGAGGUGAAUGAUCAGGAAGAAGUUGAGGUGGAAGAAGACAAUGAAGAAGAAUGUGAAGAAGGUAAUGACCAGUGUGAGGAAGAUAAUGAAGAAUCUGAAGCUUUAGAUGAUGGGGAAGAGGAUGAAGAAUGUGGAAGUGAUGAUGACCAGAGUGAGGGAGAUCAAGAAGAGUCUGAAGCUUUAGCUGAUGAGGAAGAACAAUGUGGAGAGGAUGAUGAGGAGGAAGCACAAUGUGAAGAGGAUGAGGAUAGUUUUGAUGAUGAAGAUCGUGAACAGUGUCCUGAAAUAAAAAAUGAUGGCGAUGUUGGUGAUAGCUUAGAUGAUGGCGAGGAACAUAGCAAUGGAAAUGAAGUUGUAGGAAAUCUGGAUCCCGGCGAAAGAGAUUAUAGACCAAGCAAUGGAAUUGCAGAGUCAGAUUGCAAAGCAAAUGUGGGUUCCUCUCAUUGUGAUGGGUGUCUGGAUACUCCUGAGGUUGAACAGAAUGCUCAAUACACCCCAGACUGUAAUGAUGUACCAGUAUCACUAAUAUUUGGGCUACCUGAAAAUUCUGAAGAAAAUGGAACUUCUACUGAACAUGAGGCAGGCUCAUUAACAACUUGCAUCCGAACAGACCAAAACAUUGAAGUUACCAGUACAGCAGAAGGGCAGGAUAAGGAUGACAUGCAUGUAAAAUCUUUUUCUAGUGAUGAAAGUGAAGAAGAUAAUGAAGACAGCGAAAGUUCUGAACAUUCAUUCACAGCAAAUACUGCUAGCCAAGCAAAGGUACAAGCCAGUGGAGAUGUUGCAGGCAGAAAAGUCGCACUAAUGUCAGAACUUGGACUGGAAGAUGAUGAUGUUGAAUCACCUUGGGAUUCUGAGUCUGCCUCAGACAGUCCUAGAAAGCAUUCUACCAGUGACAUGCCUACACCUGCUGCUCCAGUUCACAUGCAGUGUAUUUCCGAGGAAUCACAUGAGGAUAUGUAUUACCGUCCUUGUUUUCUUAAACAUUCAAGAAGUUGUAAGAUGCAGGAUGAGGACUGGCUCUAUAGACAGAGCGCGGUUUCUGAGAAAAGUACAGCUCCAGAAAGUAACAAGAAAACCGUUUUGCAAAUGAAUAAUGGCUCCUCCGCUACUUCAGUGUCUAAAGUAAAUGAAAGGAACAGUAAAUCAGAUCUCAUGGCAGAUUUGGGUCUAGAUGAUGCUGAUGAUAUUGAAGAUGCAUCUGAUUGGGACUCUACGAGCCAUUCUCUUAAAUACUCAUCUCAUACCCCACGAGGUGUUGCUCAGUCACACCAUAAGCUGAAUGAAAGUACACCUCCACAAACACUGCUUGACAGUGCUUCAACAAAAGCCACAACAAUUUUGCCACCCAUGCCAUUAAGUUCAGUACAAGAAGAUGACAAUGAAGAUAAUGUGCAGCUGAAAAAAGACAUACAGAGCAAAUCCAAGGACAUUUCACAAGAUUCACAUAAUAACAAAAACGGUUUGCUAAAUGGGAAAACCUUAAAGGAUCAGAAUUACCUAAAGAAUGAGCAUAUGUUAAUGACGUCCAACUUUAAAAUGAAUCCUGAGCCAAUUAAUCAGAAGGGGGUUUCCCAACAGUCUCUUGAAAACCUGCCAGAUGUGCAAAAUGCUGAUGAAAAUCAGGAGUUUUUUGACUCAGAACUUCCUUGGGAAGAGAAAUAUGAAAGAAUGUGGGUUGACCAUGAAAAAAAAUUUGUGAAAUCUCAUUUUAAAGACAUUACCGCAGAGCUAAAACAGAAAUUUGGGGAAAUAUCUAAAAUGAAGAAAAAAAGUCCUUCUAAGACUAGUAAAAGUCAAGAAGAGGACAUUUCCCCUAGCUCUUUGGAUCUUGAAAAACAUCUUGGACAAGGAGCUAGAACUUCAACCAUUGUAAUGUAUCCGGUUAGUGUUGAUAAGGAUGAUAAGAGUCUUGGAAAUAGCGAGUCAACUGACUGGAGUGAAGACACUAAAAGCAAAUUGCAGGAACGAUUUGUUGUUAGCCCUAUCCAUGGUGAGAAAGGUUCAAACACAGUAAAUCUACAAGAAAAAGAAAAGCAACCUUUUACAUUGGGAGUUUCUAACUUUCCUACAAAAAAUAAUUCAGGGCAUACAUCUCCAUUGCCCACCAAAGGCAUAGGGAAGAGUUUAUUAAGUACAGACUUUGAAAAAUUUGGCAAUGCAUUAUCGCAAGCUAAUGAUAAAGUUGAUUGUGUAAAUAUGAAGGAAAGUGAUGUGCAACAUUUUAAAAGUUACAAUGAGAAGGUUAAAGACAGUCGUCAUCUUCCGCUGGAAGAACAUACGCCACAACUCUUGUCUUAUGACAUGCCUAACAAGCAUCUGGAUAACCAAUUGGAGCAAGAUAUGAGAAGAUUUAAGAAUGAGGUAGGAGUGCUACAGUUGGAAUUCCUGAAUUUGACGAGAGAGAGGUCACAACUACAAAAAGAGGUUGAGCGAGAAAAGGCUAAUGUAACCAGGCAAUUGGAGCUGGAGAAAGUAAAAGGAAGCACUGACAAUGAGUGUGAGCUGCAAGCAGAAUCAAAUGUUCAACCAAAAUCAAAUUCCAGCUCUCAUGAAGAGAAAAAUGUUAGGCUUCCUGUCAAGUCUGGACAAAAGCAAGAUGAUCUAAAGAAGAUUUUUAAACAGAGAUGUACCGAGAAUGGAGAUAUGCUUGAAGGAUUUGAUGACAGUACACUUAGUGAAACAUCACAGAAACCUGGCAAAAGGGCAACCACUAAACGUCUUGAUGAAAACUCUAAGGACAAUGACGAUGAUAUGGAUGAGUUUUCACAAUUAUCCGACUCUGUAUCUGAAGAAUAUGAAGUUCCUACCUCUUCAUUUAGAAAUGCCAUGUUGUUGAUUGAGCAAUUUAACCUCGAAGGCCAAGAUUCUGUGAAUGUGUUGAAAAUUCAAAAUAUUAUUCAUGAGUAUGAACGAGUAAUAGAAAAAGAACACAGACGACAUGCAUUACUGGCCCAAGAAGUUAAAAAACUGCGCGAAGAACGCAAAGAACUCCAGCAAAUGACAGAAAAAAACAGAGAGCUUAAGUCUUUGUUGGAAUACAACAAAGUAGACUGGGACAGUGAUGUAAGCGGCUUAAGGUCUUCUCUCAAACAAGAAGAAGAAAAGAGAAAGAGUGCAGAAAUGCUACAUGACAUGAGUAAAGACCAGUUCAGACGGAAGGAGGAACAGUGUCGUCGUGAAAUAGAAGAUAAGCAACAGCUGGAACUGACAUUAAGAAACCUAGAACUUGAAAUGAGAAGCCUGAGGAACAGCAUGAAACAGGUGGAAGAAGAACGCAAUGAAUCUCAACGGUUAUAUACACAAGAGCAUAGUGCCAGAUUACUUCAAGAAGAGGCUCUUAAUAACUUAAAGAGGAGGAAUGAAGAGGAAGAGAGCAGAAAACUGCUUACUAGAAGUGUACUAAGUGAACCCUCUGAGACCAAUGUAAAAGUGAAAGAAUUAACCCAGAAAAACAUGACGCUGCAAGAGGAAAUCCAUGUGCAUAAACAAGAGCUGGAGCAAGCACGAUCUCGCUAUCAAGAAGAGGAGAGUAGAUACUUGGAUGAAAAUGAAGCCUUGAAGGAAAAGAUUGAUGAUCUAAGGAAGGAUCUUAGAGUAAAUGAGGAAACUUUAACCCAAACUGUAAUUCAAUACAAUGGGCAGCUUAAUGCAUUAAAGACGGAGACAAACAUGCUGUGUUCAAAGCUGGAGCAUGAGACACAAAGUAAAGAAAGACUGGAAACUGAACUAGAGUCAGUCCGUUCCCGGCUGAAUUCUGCCCUACAAGAUCUUGAAAGAAGCCAGAUUUCAAAAACUGACGCAGAGCGCACCUUACAAAGAGAGCGUGAUGACUGGUUACGAUCCAAAGACAAAUUCAGUCAUGAUCUUUCUGGCCUGCGCGAAAGCCACAAUAACCUGUCCCAGCAACUUAGCAGAGCGGAAGCUAAAUCAAACGGCCUUGAAAACGACCUUCACAGAACUGGCUUAUCUCUACAAGAGAAAACUUUGCUCCUAGAAAGUUCUCAAAGGGACCUGAAGGAAGCGCAGAGCAGAAUAAAAGAUCUUGAUCAAUCGCUUCAGGUGGAAAAAGACCAGACCAACAAAAGCAGUAUAAAACAAGAGAUAAUGCAUGAAAGAUUGGCCCAGAUCACUAGCGAGAACAUGCAGCUCCAUCUACAGCUAGAAGAUGCACAGAAUAAAGGUGUUAUCAAAGAAAAAGUUGUCAGCGACGUACAAGACAGAUUUACAGAUAUGUAUAGCAAGCUGCGCGCCGAUGCUGAGAGACAAGUUCAGAUAGUUGAAGAGAGAAACAAGGACUUGAUCAAUAAGUCUAAUGAGCAGAGAGAACAAAUUUAUAAACUGGAGACUGAAAAAGUUGAGCGGGAGAGUUCUAUAAGGCAGCUACAGCAGGAGUUUGCUGAUGCUUUGAAGAAACUGUCAAUGUCUGAGGCAUCACUUGAAGUUAUAACACGUUAUCGCAAUGACCUAGAAGAAGAAAAACAGCACCUUCACAAAGAACUUGAGAAGUUUAGGACUAAGGUACAGGAUGUAGAGGAGCAGUUUCUUCAGUCAGAGCGGAGUAACCAUCAGUUGAAGAAUUUAUUAGAUGAUAAAGAGAGGGAAGUGAUUGCAGCAUUCCAAAAAGUGCAGGCACUUUCAUCUGCAGCAGCUGGCAGUGAGACGUCCAUCAAACAACUGGAAGAACACAUACAGAAGCUUGAAAUUGAAAAUGCCAAGAUUGAAGCAACUGCAAAACAGCAAUCUGUGCAAAUUGAGACACUUCAGAAAGAACUGCAGGAAUCCAUUACUAUUCGGAGUCGUCUAGAAGAUUUAGUAACUGGUUUACAAACAUCAAAAAUUGGAAUGGAAGAGAAGAUGAACCAGCAGGUACAAAAGCAAACUGUGCUGUCACAAAGUGCUCAAGACUCUCAGAAUCUGUGGGAAGAAGAGCUGAAGUCACGAUCACGAUUAGGCGUUCGCUUGGCAGAAUUUGAGCGAUCUAAUGCAGAUUUGGCUGGACAGGUUGAAAAUGAGAAAAAGAAAGUAAGGAAAUUGUUAGAUCAGAAGAAGUCUAUGGAGGAGCGCUUUGAUCAGGAAAUAAAAAGGAACAACAACUUACAGCAUGAAGUAUCUGGGUUUAAGAAACACUUAAAGACUACUAGGAAAAAGUUGAAGGAGUUUGAAAAUAGUGAAAAACAGCCAAUCCAUAUAAAGGAAGGGUCCUACAGAAGUAACCAUGAAAAAGACAAUGAAGUCCUCAAACUAAAGGAAAAGAUUGAAGAACUCUCCGCACAUUUGGAUAGAGAAUCCCGAAAAUACAUUCAGCUUGAAGCUUCAAAUCGUGACUUACAUGAACAGUUAUCUUCAAUGAAGACUUUGCACAGGAAUCAUGAGCGAUUAGAAAGAAGUAAGAGGCAACUGGAAGAAGAAGUCUCUGAGCUCAGAAGACACAUCAGCUCCAGCAAAAUGGAUCAAAGUUACAUGGAGCAGUAUAAAAGAGAAAUCGAUGAGAGGAGCAGGCAAGAAUUACGACAAAAGCUGGAAGAGGUCAAUAUAUUUCUACAGGCACAAGCUGCAUCAAAAGACAAACUAGAACAGUUGAGAGCUGAAAAUGACUCUACGCUCAAAAAUCAGCUGGAACAUAGAAUUCAAGAUUUAGAAUCUGAGCUAAACAAAGUAAAGAAUAUACAGGAGGAAAAUAUGAGCCAGAAAGACUCCACUCUAACGGAGCUGAAUAGAAUCAAAGACAUGUAUGCAGAAGAGCAGAAGACUAGAAAGUCAUUGGCCUCAAAACUGGAAAGGGCAAAUGAAAGGCUGGCAGAAGCCAAUGCCAAGCUACUUAAUGAACGGCAAAGGAGCAAAUCCUUAUUUGCAAGCAGUUUUUUGAAUGGAAGUCUAAAUGGAAACCCUCUUUUGGAUACAAGUCCCCUUGGAGGUCUUGGUAGUAGUCCAGCUCUAAGCCGAAGUCUGGGAAUCGGAGGGAGUUUUCUUAACCCAGUUGGGAGUAGUUUCACUAACGAAAUGGGAGCUUACUUUGUAAAGAUGCAGCAGGAGCUUGAAAAGAAUAUCACUAAAGAACUGGACCAAGCAAAUGCAGAGCUGGAUACAGGGUGCGCCAGAGUCUCCCCUGUGGGUUCAACAGCUGGCUCCAUGAGAAACCUAAGCAAUGACCAGGACCUUGUUUCCCAAGCAAGACAGCAGUAUCUGGAGGUCUUAAAUAAAAAUUACAAGAUUUAAACACUGCUAGAAUAUAUUAAACUUGAAAUUGUUUACAGUUAAAUUGUAUCUAAUUCCUAAUGUGAAAAAGCUUUAUGCUGUCUUAGCUAGUUAUCUGGUUUGCAAAGAUGCACAUUGCACUUGCACUCAAAAUACUUGGGGACUUAAAAGAGCUUUGAUGAAGUGUUUUUUUUAUUUAUGUAUUUAUUGUGUUUUAAUGUACUCCUUCCAUUGAUCCACUACUACUGACUAAGUGUCUACUCAUACUAGUGUUUCACAAUGCGGUUGAUGU